AAGCGCGUGUUACAUCUUCUUCGACCAUCGCGUGAACAUCAUCGUCGUCGCCAUCGUCAAUAUCCCCCAUUUUCUCUCCCUUCCUCCGUCGACCAAACCAAAAAUAAACACUUUUCAGCUCUUUCUCUCUCUCUAAAAAUCACCAUGACCGAUCACCACCACCACCAUCACCACCGCAUAGCAACAAUACAAAAUCUCCGAACGACGUCGCAUCUCCUCAAAACCUCCAUCGUUUCAUUCACCAACAAUUUCUUCACAUUCUUUCUCCUCUCUCUCCUCCUCUUUUCCUUCCGUUCUUUAGUCGAAAAUGGGACCCACUCUCUCACUACCUUCAUCGACCGUGACCCUUCCCUUAAAUCGCUCCUCUCCCGCCUCGAUCUAGCCGGAAACCGCCAUCACAGCAACAACAACCACCUCCCUCCUCGCCGUCUCCACCACCGCCGUGCGUUUCUCCAUCUCACGCGCGUUGGAACGCUAGAUGAUGAUUUUUUCUCAGGUGACGAUGAUACUGAUCGCUCAUUCUUUAACCCUAAUAGAAAAUUAUCACCUAAUGGCAGUUCUGUAAUUCUUUACAAUUUUGAUCAUAAGUUAGGGUUUUCUGAUUUCAUUUCUGAUAAUGGUGUCAAUGCUCAUGAAACGGUGCGUUCUGGGGUUCAAUUUAAAUUCGAUGGCUCAAUUGGUGGUGGUAGUAAUGAUUUGUAUGAUAAUAAUGAGGAGGAAAGUGAACGAGGAAGUGAAAAUGCCGAGGACUUGGAGAGUAAAAUUGUUGAUUUUGAGUUUUUUAUUAAAGGAUUAGAGAUUGGCAGGCGUGAUGCAGCUGCUUUGUUCCUUUUAAUUAGUUUUCUAUCUGCUGCUUAUGGAUGGGUGAUUCUUGGUUUUACUGCUAUUUAUUCUUGGAUUUUAGGGAUUGUUUUUGUUGCUGUUGUUUAUGAAUUUUUAGGCAGGUUUCAUCAUUCCUUUGUUGGUGUUAUUUGGGAUGGUUCUAAGUUAGGCUUGAAAAGACUUACUGGUUUUAUUCUUAUGAAAUGGGCUGUUAGAGAUGCUUUAACUCAGCUUAUUGGGUUGUGGUAUUUUGGCGAGAUUGAGGAUCAGUACUCGUUUUUUAAGCUUUUUGUCAGGUUGAAGUUGAUGCCAUUUUCAAUUAUGUCGCCGUGGAUUCUUGGGUUUGAGAAGGAAAUUUCUGGAUUUCUGUUUACUUGGUUUUUGUCGGAUGCUUUUGUUGCAUUUAUAUUUGCUGUUGAUGCAUGGGUUACUAUUGUUGAUUCGAGGAGAACGGGGAGAGAAAUUGUUAGGGAAGGUUGUUAUUUGAUAUCAACAAUGUUUAAUCAGGCUGUUCAGCUAAAAUCUAUGGAAAGUAUCCUAUGUGGAUCAGCAGCUAGAUGGGUUUUGAGUCGGGUUCUUGGGAAGUUUUUGGCUGCAGUUUUACAGUCAACUCUGGAGGUUUACUUUAUGAUAGCUUGGUUGAUCUUUUAUCUUGCAGCAAGGAGUAAAGAUGCUAAUUCUGAAGGAAGGAGGUUUGGGAGGAGAGAAUUGGAGGGAUUGAUUGAUGGCCUUAGAUGAUAAUACUGGUGAAAUGGGGUGAGAUAAUUGUUUCACUUGCUGGCUGCAUCAUCUGUGACGCGGAAAUAGCGUAUGCAGUGAUUUCUCAGUGCUUUGUGUAUUCCCAUUUUUCAGCCCAAGUCAGCACUGCCAUUUGAUUGAUUUAGUCGCCAGCUACUUGUUGUAUGUACUUUUAUCACAAGGCAAUAUACUACUUGUAUAUUUUUGAUGAGAAUGCUUCAUGUGUAUAUUUCUUCCAAGCAUUUGUUACAAAUUCCUCGCAAUAUCUAUUAUGUUACCAAUCACAAUAUAGAUUGAGAAGGUAUUCAUUUACAUCCAUAUGAGCUUUGUGCUACCUCGUUCCAGAAUAUGGAUUGUAUUUUGUAUGUUUUUUUUUUCAACUAAGCAAGCAUGGUGGAGUUGAGUUGUA